GAUUUUGGAUGAAAGCGUUCUUUUCUAAAAACGCUUCACAAAAGACCUCCGCUGCAUAUAGCAAUACUACGAAACCAAGUGGUGCACGAGUUGUCUAUUUGUACGAAGAUGGACAACCAGUUGAUGGAAAAGGUGUUCGUAUGGAAUUUACUCCCGAUGUUUGUCGUACUUUGGACGACGUAAAGUUGUUAAUCAAACAAACACUGCAUCUACCUUGUCGACCAGCGUGGUUGAAAGCCGCACAUAACGGUAACUUGAUUCAUUCCAUGUCGGAAAUGACUACCGAUAUGGCCGUCAUUUAUGAUGCACAAGCACGUAAUUUAGCAGUUUCCACUUCUUCUUCAGGCUCCAAAGAGGCCGCAGAGGAUAAAACCCAUCGCAAAGUGAAAAGCACGGGAACCAUCGAAUUACAAAAUAUUGUAUCAGCUGCCAAAGUUGCAUCUUCUUUUCCCAGUCCACAACGAACGACAACUACGACUUGUAACACCUCAGACGACGUCAUUUCAAAGAUAUGGAAGAGAUUGGAAUCAUUGGAAAUGCGAAUGGAAAACUUGCAAAGAGAAACGUUGACAUUGCGAGUAGAACAAGACAAACUUUACAAACAACUACAGUCACUAACGGAUAACAGUAGACGAGGAUAAUAUAUAUAUAUAUAUAUUGUAUAUAUCCAUAUAAAUAAAUGGGAGAAAGAAAUG